GCCGACCAACACGACGUCUGGUAUCACCCCACGCCACCACCGAAUUCCCUCUCGCCGACUCAACGCUUAACCCUCCCGAUGCCGCCGCCGGACUCCGCCUCCACGCGCUCCUCCCUGAGCUCCCUCCCGCUCGCCGCCAACCUGAUGACGGACCCGACCCCCUCCCCAACCCCCGCCACGCCGCCUCCCAACCCCCUCGCCGCGGCCUCCUCCUUCCUCCGCCACCACCUCUCCCGCCUGGCCUCCCACCUCACCGCCCCGCGCCCGGCCCUCGCCGCGGCGGCGACCCGCGCGCCGGGGCCCCAGGGCGCGUCGCUCUCCCUUGCGCUCGCGCCCGACGAGGUCGCGCGCGCGCUAACCGGCACGCCCGUCUUCACGGUCUGCAACUCCAACAACGAGUUCGUGCUCGUUUCCGACCCCGGCACCGGCCUCCGCUCCCUCGGCCUGCUUUGCUUCCGUUCCGAGGAUGCCGACGCCCUCCUCACACAUGUGAGGACGAGGCAACCGGUGCUAGGGAGGGGAGCGAAAGUCGUGCCUAUUACACUUGAUCAGGUUUAUAUGUUGAAGGCCGAAGGUAUCGCAUUUCGGUUCUUACCUGACCCACUUCAAAUAAAGAAUGCACUGGAGGUCUGCUUUUUUAUGAACUUUGAGGCUCAUUGCUCUAUUUUGUUAUCUGAACUUGGACUAUCGUACCUAUCUAUAGUAUCCUCCCCUCUCCCCUGUAGUCCCAUCAUGACGAAAGUAGAACUCAGUUCAUCUGAUAGACCUCAGCUCUUGAAAGCAUCAAUUAUGCCACUAUGUCCUCCACAGUUAGAACAAAGUAUUUUGUAUUUAUGUUGCUCCCUUAUUAUUAUUUUCUCUGUUAUAAAUUGUAGAAAAGGAAUGGAGCAUGUAUGCCUGUCUUUGCAUUACGUAUAACUAACGGAUUUUAAUAUCAAUUUCCUUGAAUAUUACUGGCACACAAUGGAUUGACCAUGACCAAUUGUAAAAUCACUAGUGCAUUAGCAAUUGUCAUACGCUUACGUAGAAUCUGUGCAUAAUUGAUCUGAAUUCCCAAAAAGGCACAUCUAUAUUUAUUAGUUCAUUAUGUUUCUACAGUUCAAAAAUAAACUUUUUCUUUGAAGAAAGAGUGAAAUGCAUGAGCAGCCCUUAAACUUGCAAUGGAGUGUCAACAGGUCCUCGAACUUCGAAAAAAGAUUCGGGUCCCUAAAAUUGUUAGAUGUGUCAAGUGUCAUUAGGUCCAAAGUUCCCAAAAUGUCUCUACGGUUGUUGAUGUGGCAUGUCAAUAUGGAGAUCUUGUAUUGACAAGUCAAAAUCAUAGGGUAUUUUUUUAUUAAAAAAUCAUAGGGUAUUUUGAAACUUCAUCUGCAGUUUUUCGACCCCUAUCUGCAGUUUCAAGUUCAUGGACCUGGAUGACACUCCAUGACAAGUUUAGGGGCUUCUGGCAAAUUUUCACUCGAAGAAAUUUUAAAACUUUGAGCAAUGCCAAGUGACUCACCUAUAGGCUGUCAGACAGCCUACAUUUGUGAUGCAUAGUAUCCCUUUACCAUAUGCCUCGCUACUAGAAAUGCACAUAGAACAUGUGAAGUAUCAUAGUAGAAGGCGUUGAAUCUUUCUGGUUCUCCUUGAUGGAUUAGUUCACCUACAAUGAUUCCCCAUAGUGCACAUUUAUAGUUUCUACAAUUCUUCCUGUAAUUUUAGGUAACACUUACUUUUGUUGAUGACUCUAGCUAAUUUGAAACCUUGAAUACGAAGCAUGUGAAUUAUCAUGGCCUCCAAGACUUCCUGAAUACAAUGAAAUGGUCAAUCAUUUAUCCUUGUGACAUAUAUUGCCCUUUUAUUUUUUUUUCAGUUGAAAUCAGGCUUAACUGGUUUUGAUGGUGUUCCUGUUUUUCAGUCAGAUCUGCUGGUUGUGAAAAAGCAGAAGAAGCGCUACUGUCCAAUAUAUUUUCAAAAGGAAGACAUAGAAAGGGAGCUUACAAAGGCGUCUAAAUCUUCAAGAGGAUCAGCCUUGUCUAAGCAAAUUAUGGCAUGUAGUUGUAUAAUUGAUUAAUUGUACUUUCCUUUUGGUUUCAUGAAAACUACUCAAUGCUUCUAUACCUUUCCAGGUUGGGAGUUUGGAGGAUGUCCUGAAGAAAAUGGAGAUAAAUGAGAGAAAUUCAGGGUGGGAUGAUUUGAUCUUCAUUCCCCCAGGGAAGAGCCUCAACCAACAUAUCAAUGAGGUAUCAGCGUGAUUUUGUUCCACGGUGAUGGCUCAGGGUUUGAACACGACACCAUUCACUUGAGAUGCUGUGAUGGCCAGCCAAUAAAAAAAAAGUCAAAUAGCUGCCUGAGCUUUCUUUUUUUUAAUAUUUAUUAUUUUGGUUAGCCUUGUCGAGGAAAUUUUUCAUCAACUAAUAAAAAUAUGGUUGUGAAAUAGUUUCUAUUCGUAAACACUGAUGUGUGUUCCCCAGGAAGACUGAUAAAAGGUUUGGAUCGUAAAUGGCUAGAUUACCUUGAAAUAUCUUGUUUUAUGAAAAUAAACUUUCUGUUCUCGAUCACUAAAACAUUUGACAUUGACACUUGGUACUCAUGGUACAGCCUCUAGCUGUUUAGUUGCUGAGAAGUUGAACUCUGCUACUUAUGGCAUCUUGAUCUAAAACUGAAACAAAACUCGUCUCUUGAUUUUGUUACUCAUUCUGCGUUGAGUGAAAUGCUUGUUUCUGUGGUUGCUAUGAACGUAUAAAUUACAAUUACGGAAGGGUUAAAUUAGGAUAAUUGCCGUGGAAUUCACUCGAACACGGAUUUCAUGACCCAUUGACGGGUGUUAAAGCUAUAUUGUUUCCACACUUUUCGAUCAAAGAGAUGGUCAACAAAGAGAAUAUCUUGGGCCACUACUGAUGUGUAUAAUACCUACUAGUUUAUACUUGCAGGGGACGUAGUUCCCUUCCAAGAAUUUUAUAAUCUCUACUAGGGAUGCAAGUGGGUACCUAUUGGUGUUUUUGGAUUUCUCAUUUUAAUUCAUUUUCUCUCUCAAAUUAAUUACGUAGUAUGCCAUUCUAGUUCAUUUCAUUAAGUUUUGAGUCGACCCAAUGACCCAAAAAAUGUGAGACUUGCAUCUCUCCACCAUCAUUCCAGCUUUCCAGUUCCGUCAAUCAACUUUGUCAAAUUUUGCUCUGGGUACACUUGUCGACCCAAAGAGUAUUCAUGGGUAUUCAUUGAAUACCCAUUAUUUUUGCUAAUUAAUGGUAUUCAAAUAUAUAAUUAACUAUAAAUGCUAAAAAAACAGGUGUAUAAUGGUAGGUAGUCAAUUUUUAAUACCCAUUGUUCAAGUGCUGGGCCCGCCUCCUGCUUGCAUUAGUGUCAGAUUGCAAGGAACUCACUGGUUUGUUUCAACGCUGUGGACGAAGAAGAAACAUCCAUGGUUAAGCUCGGCAUCCAAUUUGCCGUUUCCUUCCUUCCAUUUUAAAAUAAAAUGGGAAGUAUUCCCUCUGUCUCAAAUUAUUACUCGUUUUACCUUUUCUAGAUACAUAAUUUUUUAUAUCGAUAUAUUGAUACAUAUAUAUUAUGUCUAAUUUGGGGUGGAGGGUGAGUUUUUCUAGAUACAUAAAUUUUUAUAUCGAUACAUAUAUAUUGUCUAAUUUGGGGUGGAGGGAGGACUAACUUUUUUCUCGAAUGGUGGGAGAACUAACUAGCCCGUGCUUUUUGCACAGAUGCACAAUAAAAUUUAUGUAUAUAAAUUUGCUAAAACGACAAAGUAUACCUGUUUAGGAACGAAUAGCAGCCAAAUUGUUUACGAAUGAAUAGCAGCCAAAUUAUACUAGGCCGUCCCGACAUUUGGAGCGCCACUAAGCAGCCGGAGUCGCAUGCAUGAUGAUGAUACCACCAUUUCUGAUUUCUAAAUGCAAGGUCGCAAGAAUCGCAGCUAGCAGAUGGAUCUGUUGCCAAAUUUGCCAUGGUUGACCUCUCGACACCUACCCACAACGAAACAAACCGGUACUAGAUUUCGACGAACGCGUGGCGUCGGCGUGCCAUGGGUUCCGUCAGAGCGAUCCCGGGAGAGCGAGAUCUCCCGCCGCCGGAUGCAGAGAAACGCCGGCCGUCCCGCCUGGGGACCGUCACUGUCGUCUUGUUGCUCGCGUCGCCGCUGCUGCUCCUGUUCUUCCCCUUCGGCGACCGAGCUGUCGUCUCCAUCGCCGCCGAUUACCCGGCUUGGCAGCGCUUCAAAGUACAAAGCUCCGGCAAUGUGCCGUCGUCGUCCAGGAGAGCGGAGCGCGGCGCCCACGACCGGCUCCUCGGCGGUCUCCUCUCGCCGGACUUCGACGCGGCGACGUGCCUCAGCAGGUACCAGGCGUCCAAGCGCUGGAGGCCGUCGCCGUUCCCGGUCUCCCCGUACCUCAUCCAGAAGCUGAGGCAGUACGAGGCGAACCACCGGCGGUGCGGCCCGGGCACCGCCAACUACCGCGCCGCCAUGGCGCAGCUCAUGUCCGGCCGCAACGCGGACCGCGCCGAGUGCAAGUACGUGGUGUGGCUGCCCCUCCAGGGCCUCGGCAACCGGAUGCUCAGCGUCGUCUCCACCUUCCUCUACGCGCUGCUCGCCGGCCGCGUCCUCCUCGUCCACGAGCCCCCCGAGAUGGCGGGGCUCUUCUGCGAGCCGUUCCCGGGCACCUCGUGGGUUCUGCCGCCGGACUUCCCCUACACGGACGGCUUCUCGGCCGACGCAAAGGAGAGCUACGUCAACAUGCUCGAGAACAGCAUCGUCCGCUCUGACGGCGGCGGCGGUGGCGGCGACGACGGCGCUCUGCCGGCGUACGUCUACUUCCACCUGGAGCAGAUCUCGCUCCGGCUCCAGAACCACACGUUCUGCGAGGAGGACCACCGCGCGCUCGGCAGGUUCGGCUGGAUGGUGCUCCGGUCGGACAGCUACUUCGCCGUGGCGCUGUUCCUCAUGCCGGCGUACCGCGGCGAGCUGGGCCGGAUGUUCCCGGCGAAGGCGUCGGUGUUCCACCACCUCGGCAGGUACCUCCUCCACCCCGGGAACCGGGCGUGGGGGAUCGUGGAGCGGUUCUACGACGGGUACCUCGCCAGCGCCGACGAGCGCCUCGGCAUCCAGGUGCGCCCCGCGCCGUUCCUCCCGAUCACUCCCGAGGUCAUGUACGAGCAGAUCGCCCGGUGCGGUCGGGAGCACGGCCUUCUGCCGCAAGUGACGGGCGAUCCGGGUGCCCGGCCGCCGGCGAGCGGCGGCGCGGCGAAGGUGAAGGCCGUGCUGGUGGUCUCCUUGAAGCCGGAGUACUACGACAAGCUGCACGGCGUGUACUACACCAACGCGACGGCGACCGGCGAGGUGGUGACGGUGUUCCAGCCGAGCCACGACCAGGACCAGCACACGGAGGCGCUGGCGCACAACGAGCGCGCCCUGGCCGAGAUCUUCCUGCUCAGCUACUCCGACACGCUGGUGACCACGGGGUUCUCGACGUUCGGCUACGCCGCGCACGCCCUGGCUGGGCUCCGGCCAUGGCUGCUGCUGCCACCGGACCGGAACACGAUGAGGGCCGAAGUUGCCUGCGUGAGGUCGGCGUCGGUGGAGCCGUGCCUGCACUCGCCGCCGUCGCUCGUCUGCCGGGCGGAGCAGGACCUUGAUCCGGUGGCGCACGUUCCAUUCUUGCGCCACUGCGAAGAUGUGUACUCUGGUCUCAAGCUGAUUUAAUUAGUCAUUCCCUGAAUUGGAGAUGGUGUCCAUAUAUUACUAGUGUG